UUCUCUAGCAGAGCCUUGCUGUCGCACUUUUGUUAAUAAAGUUUCCCUUUGAAGCCAGUCAAGAUGGCAGAGUACGAUCUCACCACCAAGAUAGCACAUUUUCUGGACCGGCAUUUGGUUUUCCCUUUGCUGGAGUUCUUGUCUGUGAAAGAGAUCUACAAUGAGAAGGAACUCCUCCAGGGAAAGCUGGACCUACUCAGCGACACAAACAUGGUGGAUUUCGCCAUGGAUGUGUACAAAAAUCUGUAUCCGGACAAGGAAAUCCCACACUCCUUGAGGGAGAAGAGAAGUACUGUGGUGGCUCAGCUGAAGCAGCUCCAGUCAGAGACGGAGCCAAUUGUCAAGAUGUUUGAAGACCCGGAGACCACUCGACAGAUGCAGUCCACGAGGGAUGGGAGGAUGCUGUUUGACUAUCUGUCAGAAAAGCACAAUUUUCGUCAAGAAUACCUGGAUACUCUUUACAAGUACGCCAAAUUCCAGUAUGAAUGCGGUAACUACUCUGGGGCUGCAGAAUACCUCUACUUCUUCCGCGUCUUGGUCCCCUCAACAGACAGGAACGCACUGAGCUCCCUGUGGGGAAAAUUGGCUUCUGAGAUCCUGAUGCAGAACUGGGAAGCAGCCAUGGAGGAUCUCACUCGUCUAAGGGAAACUAUCGACAACAAUUCUGUGAGCUCUCCACUCCAGUCACUCCAGCAGAGGACCUGGCUCAUUCACUGGUCCCUCUUUGUGUUCUUCAACCAUCCCAAAGGCAGGGACAACAUAAUCGAGCUCUUCCUCUACCAGCCUCAAUAUCUGAAUGCCAUCCAGACAAUGUGCCCGCAUAUCCUGCGAUAUCUCACAACCGCAGUCAUCACCAACAAAGAUGUACGAAAGCGCAGGCAAGUGCUCAAGGACUUGGUGAAAGUCAUCCAACAGGAGUCCUACACAUACAAGGAUCCAAUCACGGAGUUUGUGGAGUGUCUCUACGUGAACUUCGACUUCGACAGCGCGCAGAAGAAGCUGAGGGAGUGCGAGUCGCCUCCCAGCAUGCUGGCAGACAAACUCAACAUGACGCCUGAGGAGGCGGAGAGGUGGAUCGUCAACCUCAUCCGUAACGCCAGACUUGAUGCCAAGAUCGACUCAAAACUGGGUCACGUCGUGAUGGGCAACAACGCAGUGUCGCCGUACCAACAGGUGAUCGAGAAGACCAAGAGCUUGUCCUUCCGCAGUCAGAUGUUGGCGAUGAACAUUGAGAAAAAGCUGGCACACAGCAGCAGGAACGAGACACCAAACUGGGCUGCUCAGGACUCCGGCUUCUACUGAGCAUGAGCUGAAACGAGCAUGAGGAAGAUUCGGAAGCCUCUCGGGAUGUUAUUGAAGCUUUUUAUUGACAGAUUUGUCAGUUUAUCCACCGUUUUUAUUUAACUGCCUGUCAUUGAACAAUAAAAGCAAUGAAGCGAGGCAGCUUAUUGACACUCAAGAUGUUACAUGAUAACCUAUUUAUAAUCUGCUAUCAGUAGAUUUAUUUUUAUUUGUUUUUUAAGAUGAAGCUUAUUUCCCUGCACUCUGAAAGUAAUCCUCUAAAAACCUACAUGACAGUUUACAUUAAAGAUUUCUGCCCCCCUUUA